CUUUCCCGUGUUUCCUAUACCUUCCUUUAACUUAAAGCCUCCUGGAUCUGUGCAAGUUGGGGGCGGAGUCCUCCGGGCAGGUUUGGCAGUGACGUGGGAGACACCCCCUCCCCCGGCUCCCGCUGCUUUUACGGGAAGAGAAAACGGGAAGUCCGGAAAAAAUCAGAUUCUUCACAAAGUAAUCACUAAUUUAAAAGAACAAUGUUUGCAGACUUGGAGUAUGACAUUGAGGAAGACAAGCUGGGGAUUCCUACAGUACCUGGAACAGUGACCUUGAAGAAAGACUCUCAGAAUCUGAUUGGAAUUAGUAUAGGUGGAGGAGCCCAGUAUUGCCCCUGCCUGUAUAUCGUCCAGGUAUUUGACAAUACUCCUGCAGCUCUUGAUGGCACGUUGGCAGCUGGUGAUGAAAUCACGGGUGUGAAUGGGAAGUCAGUCAAAGGAAAAACCAAAGUAGAAGUAGCCAAAAUGAUACAGGUGGUAAAGGGAGAGGUAACAAUUCAUUACAACAAGCUCCAGGCUGAUCCAAAGCAGGGGAAAACUUUAGACAUUGUGCUAAAGAAAGUGAAGCACCGCCUGGUGGAGAACAUGAGCUCAGGGACAGCAGAUGCCCUAGGACUGAGCCGAGCUAUCCUCUGCAAUGAUGGCUUGGUAAAGCGAUUAGAAGAGCUGGAGAGGACUGCAGAACUAUAUAAAGGGAUGACAGAACAUACCAAGAGUCUUCUCAGAGCUUUCUUUGAACUGUCUCAGACUCACAGAGCAUUUGGUGAUGUUUUUUCGGUUAUUGGUGUACGGGAACCUCAGCCAGCGGCCAGUGAAGCAUUUGUAAAAUUUGCUGAUGCUCAUCGCAGUAUUGAGAAAUUUGGAAUCCAUCUUUUAAAAACCAUUAAACCAAUGUUGACAGACUUGAACACCUAUCUGAACAAAGCAAUUCCUGAUACCAGAUUAACUAUCAAGAAGUAUUUGGAUGUCAAGUUUGAGUAUUUGUCAUAUUGUCUAAAGGUGAAAGAGAUGGAUGAUGAAGAAUACAGCUGCAUUGCCAUGGGAGAACCUCUCUACCGGGUUGGAACUGGGAACUAUGAAUAUCGUUUAAUCCUGCGCUGCCGCCAGGAGGCACGUUCACGUUUUGCCAAAAUGAGGAAGGAUGUACUAGAAAAGAUGGAGCUGCUAGACCAGAAACAUGUGCAAGAUAUUGUAUUCCAACUCCAGCGUUUCGUGUCCACGCUUUCCAACUACUAUGACGAUUGUUAUGCUGUGCUAAGAGAAGCAGAUGUUUUCCCAAUUGAAGUGGACCUAGCAUGUACCACAUUGAGCUACGGCCAAAAGGAUGUCUUCACGGAUGGAGCAGAAGACGAGGAGGAAGAGGAAGGCUGUGGAAGUAGAGAAUGCAAUAAAAAAGAGGAAGAAAAUGGGGAGAAACUCAUUGAUGAUGCCUGAAUUUCUGAAUCCUGUCAAAAUCCCUUCAGAGACGGAUAAAUUUUAUUUCUCUAGACAGCUUGUCCACAGUGACUGUUCUGUUUGUACAAGUCCAACUAGGGAAUGAAUCAAGAUUCUGUGUUGAAUGGGAGCAUUUGGGUAAUGACGUAUGCAAAAUCUUGCAAAAAAAUAUAAUUCUUUGUCCGUUUGUGUUUUUCUCAAAAUCUCACGGACCUCCUCCAGAGCUGGUGGAACUGAAAAUUCCUUUAAGCAGCCUUCAGCAAUCUACCCAAUAUGGCUUCCUGUGCAGAUGGACUAUGAUUAAAUAUACAGCGCCCCCCCACUUCCCUCCCUCCCUCCCUCUCAGUGGCUGAGUAUCUCAUGUAAAAAUGUUGAGCACCUUUGGUUUCCCAGGGUUUUCUUUUCCCAACACUUUUCUGUCGUUUUUAAUCUUGAAUGAUAUUGCUACCAGCAAGUGAAUUUAGUGUUAAAAAGUUGACUUCUCUGCAUUGUCAAGGCCCUUAAAAGGGAGACAUAAAGAUUAUUGAGGUUAACAGUAAGUUCACCAUUUUAAGACUUAAGUUCUUAAUUCAUAGAAUUCACUAUCAUUACAUCUGCACAUUUCCCCACUUUUGAAUGUUGCCUUUGUGGACAGAGAGACUAUUAUGUGUGUCCCCCCUAGCACCCCUUUCCCACUCAUUAAUCAUCAAUUUGGCAGCCUUGGAAAUGAGAAUGAUAAACUGUCAAAGGAAAUGGGGAGAAUUACAAAUAUUUCUCUCUCUUAUAUUUUCAUGAAUAAAUAUAAUAUUCAGAUGUGAUCUAAAAACAAAAUUACAAAAAUAAGCCA